AUGGCGAGCCAGAAAACCGGCCCGGGCUUGACGAUACCGAUCCAGAACGCCGGCAGCAGCAAUGACUUCCGCAGCACCGGCGCCGGUAUGAGCAUGAGCGAUGACCUGCCGUUCAUCAUUGUCCAGCCCGUCCACUACUUCCGCAUGAUGAACGGUGUGAAGGUUUCCCAGGUCGCGUACCCUCGGGAGGUUCCCCAGGUCAUUUACCAUAUGGAGCACAGUGGCUUCCAGAGCUCCGGAGGUGUCGACUUCGGCAUGCAGGACGACCAGGGCGCGAUCCGCAGCGGCGCGGUGCCGGUUCCGACCUUCGGCGAGGACUGGCCGAUAUAUCCCAACGGCAGCUCCACGGGCAAAUUCGGCGACAACUGCCCGAGUUGCACUCCCCAUCCGGUCACCCUGGGACAUCAUGGCCUUGUGGCCAUUCCGCCGGAGGGGGUCUCGCUGGCGCGCUCGCACUGCCUCCGAGGACAGUUCAGAUCUCGGUGUGACCGGGCGGGCGUCAAGAUCGAGCUGCACAACGAACCCAGACUGACCCAGCCAUUUCCACCACCAUCACUGGGCCACCCAGAGCAAGAAGGGAAGGGUCAGGCAAACCACAUCGGCGCAACCCAUUGA